ACGUGGCUAUGUCUAGAAACAUUCCGAAUAAGUCGCACCAAAAGGAAACAAAAGAAAGGAAAGCUCCUGUGUUUAUAUUAAACUAACAAAUGACAAUAAAAAGGAGUACUACAAAGUUACACAUAGGAACACAUAAGAAUGCCAACAUUUGUUUAAACAUCAUAAGACAAUAAAUCAACUGUUAAUUUGCUGCUAAUUUCAUUUAACAAGAUAGGUUAUACACAAUGCAACCAGUGUCCUAGAUGAAAUAUGAAGAUCACCUGCUUAUUUUGGAAACUAGAAAAGACAAGUUCUCAAUACGAAAAGAUCCAUUGGCUAUAGUAUGGAUAUAAUAUCAUCUGUGUAUAGUGCCACAAUUCAACCAGAUAUGAAUUCUUCACCUUUUGAUACAACUGAACAGGACCAGUCAUUAUUUAGAACACCAGAAAGUCCUAUAGGUUUGACUUGUUCUAAUCCAUUGACCGUGAAGGUGGACCAAACUGACAGUCCACAUACAAAUUCACAAAUAUCAUCACCACAAAGUGUACAUUGUAAAUCUCCAUUAAGUGACCCAUUUAUAAGUAGUACAUCAAAUCUAGUUGAUAGUGAUUUUAAUAUAUUAUCUAGUGGUCAGACCUUAACUUCAUUUUCAUCCUCAAUCACUCAUCCCACUACAUCAACGAAAGGAAAUUCUGGAAUACACGUAGAACAAUUAUUGACUUGUUCAGUAUCCCCAAACAUGAUUCCGAGGAUAUGUAGUCCGCAGGAUAGCUUGAUAUCCAGUCCAGUCAAUGGAAGUGAUACAAUUUUAUCAUCUCCGGAUGGCAAUGUCAUGGACUCUGCUAACACAGAAUACACUCUUCUUGACCGUGCUGGACGUUUUAACAUUAAUGAUGGUGAUUCCCCUAAUUUUGAUGGUGUGAGGUUUGACCAUGAACAUGAUCAUGGCUUUGAACAACUUUUAGACUAUGUUGUGACAGAUUCUGAUUCUCAUAAAGUGCCAAAAGUCCGACGAGACUCAGAUGCACCAUCAUCUAUUAACAAGGAGGAUGUGACAGUAGACAAGUUGUUUGAGGCUGAUUUGGCCAAUUCCACCGCAGAGUUUAGUUUUAGUAAGUUUGGAUCUGAAGUUUCACAAGGAAUAUUUACGUUUGGAGGAAACAAACUAUCUGGAGCUGAUACUACAAGUACAAACACAACGCUACUGGUAACAAGUGCAAUUUCAGCACCAACUCUAACUACAAUUUCAACAACUGCUCCUGUAACGCCAAUUACAAGAUCACAAAGAGGUCGACACUUAAAGGAACCAAGUCUCUGUCAACAGUAUCCCAGUAGGACUGAUAAGUAUGAAUUAAGAAUACUUGAACAGCCUGAAGAACAACACAGAGCUCGGUAUCUUACAGAGGGUAGUCGUGGGGCAAUCAAAAAUGUUUCUCAAGAAGGCAAUCCUGCUGUAAAGUUAUUUGGUGAUGUAGAUAAUGCCACAUUACAAGUAUUUAUUGGAAAUGAUCAGGGUAGAGUAAAGCCUCACGCUUUUUACCAGGCCUGUAAAGUUUGUGGAAAGAAUUCAACUCCAUGUCAGGAGCGGGAGAUAGACGGAACAAUUGUUAUAGAGAUGGAAAUGGACACAGUCAAUGAGAAAACAUGCUCAAUUGAUAAUGUGGGUAUUUUAAAGCUUAGAAAUGCUGAUGUUGAAAAUCGAGUUGGUAUUCAGAAAGCUAAGAAGAAGAGUACCAAAGCUCGAUUGAUUUUUAGGGUACAGUUUCAGAAACCUGAUGGAAAUAUUCAGAUAUUACAAAUUGCAUCUCGCUCAAUCAACUGCACUCAACCCAUAGGACAACCAGAGAUUUGUAAAAUGAGCUCUAGAGAGUGUACUGUCAGUGGGAAUGCUGAAAUGAUCAUGAUUGGGAAGAAUUUUAUGAAGGGCACCAAGGUUUUCUUCCAAGAAUUGAAUGGUGAAGAUGGUCCUGUUAUCUGGGAAAAAGAAUCAGAUUUAGACAAGGAUUUUUUUCAGCCAACCCAUUUGGUUUGUACAGUUCCACCGUAUAGUGACACAAGUGUAGCUAACAAAAUAACAGUGCAGGUAGUUGUCAGAUGUAGUGGUAAGCAAAGCGAGCCCCAGACCUUUACAUAUACACCUGUGUUUCAAGUGAAGCAAGAAACUCCAAUGGAGACAGAUGAUGAACCUGUUCAACAGAAUCCAGGACCACUAAAUAUAACUAUAGCACCAGAGGCUUUAAGGUUGAACCAGCAACUACAAGAAAGUUUGGCAACCAGUCAUGGUAAAUUCCUGUUACCUGAUGGGACUGUUCCAGGAGUCUCAAGUAUGCAGGUUGAUCAUCUUAGCACAGACCAAAAACAAGUUGAUGCUGGACAUGAGGAACAGCCGAUAUUUUUACCGGAAACUAAAACUAUUACAGAACAACAUGAUAAUGGGCAUUUUUCACAUCCACACAACAACACAGAACCAAUCAGUCUGAAUACAUCAGACCUGAACUCCAUUCUGAAAUCUUUGGAUGAUAAACCCUUGACCCUUCAAGAAAUGCUGAUUCACCCUACCCAGAUUUCCUGUCAGUCAUCAUUUCCACCAACAUCAAGUGACGUCACUAUGAAUAUUUCAGUAGCUAACAGUGACCAGACCACCCAUCUUACUAAUGCGAGCAAUGUACAGCAUCAUAGUGAAGAGAAGUCUCUGCAACAACCUGUGCAUUCUCCACUGGUAAAUGUUUUGCCAAGUCCACAAGAUUUUAAUGGUUUGAUGUUUAACAGCUUAGCCAAUAAUCAACCUCAAAGUUAUGAAAAUACCAGUGUUUAUGGAGACCAAAAUUUGCAAGUUAAUAAUUCUGAAGUAAAAUCUGAUUCAGACAAAGUAAUGACCAGCACGGAAACAGAUAGUAGGACAUUUGAACAAAUUAUUGGUAAUGCUCACAACCAGCAUGAUUUUGUAACUAGUCCAAAUAAUACAGAAAUUAUUUCAAACUUUCAUUCUGAUCUUAAUAAUUGCCAAAACAUAUCACCAAGUCCUGGAAGUAAUCAAACUUUACAACAAAUUCAUGGAACUAACCAAAAUUUACAACAGAUCCUUGGAAGUAGUCAGAAUUUACAGCAAACUUUUAGUAAUAAUGAAUCAUUGCAACAAAAUCUUGGUGAUGACCAAAACUUGCAGAGAGUUGGAAGUGGUCAAACUUUGCAGCAAAAUCUUACAAACAGUCCAGAUUUGCAACAAAACAGUCAACAAAAUGUUAUUUGUGACAAUUUUAGUAAUGCACAAAAUACUUCAAGUUUAAGUAAUAUUCAGAACAGUGCACAAGUGUUACAAGGAUUUCCAAGUAUUCAGACUUGCCAUGCAGAGUCAAUGAAUAUUCAGAAUAACACACUAGUACAAGGAUUUUCUAAUUUGAGUAGUAUGCCACAACAGAAACAAAACAUUGUAAUGGCUCAGCAUAUGCCAAAUCAAGAAGUGUUUACACCAACGUUUACUGGCAAUGCUUCAGAACAGAACAUAUCAAAUACUGGGUCAGUAGCAUCGGCUGAUAAUACGGGACAGCAAAGUGGUUAUUCUGAUGUGGCUAUGAGAUUACUACAACAAUUAUUGACAAAAUCCACAAAUUCAACUACUCCAGUGACAAAUCAGGUUUCUAACAGUUCACAGAGUACAAGUAAUGUCUUGUAUUCAUCUGGAUCUAGAAUUCAGCCAGCUAUAUUUACUGGUAUACAAUCAAGUCCUAGUCCAAUGAGCAUACCAACAACAGCACUGCAACAAGUUAUAUCUUCUCCUUAUCCCCAACCUAGAGUUCAGAUCUCGAAUCAGGGUCUUCUUCAUCACAUAUUAAGUCAGAGUCUAGUUGACAAAAGACCUGAAGAGUCUGAAAUGCCAACUACAAAUUUGGGAAAUGACAAGCCAGAAGUUCAACAACUUGAUAGCUUACGACUACAAGCCAUGGCCCAACAAGUACAACAACAAGCUCAGCAAGCACAGAAUGCUCAACAGACAACAAAUGGAAAUCAAUCACGAGGACCACAGAUAAUUGUUCUUGGAGGAAAUUCUGGUGUGCCAGUACAGAAUGCUACUAAUAGCACUCCUGCUGCUGCUGCUGCUGCUGCUUCCCCCAUACUGAUACUAGCAGGUGGUGGUGGUGACAAUAACAAUGCACAAUCUCAAGUUGAAAACAUCCUGAGAUCCAUUCUUGGUUCAUUAAAACCAGGACAAUAAUAGUGAUAUUGGAGACAGAGAUUUUUUAACAAAAAGAGCCGUAGUGUCAUGAACUAUGAAGAACACUUUUUAUUAAGAAAAAUAGUGAAAGAACAGAACCAAGUGUAUAUCUGAAAACUCAUCAUGUUUGUUUUAUUUUCUUAUACGUAACAAUAGUGCUUGAAUUAUGUUGUGCUAAAUUUGAAUUUUACAAAAUUGAAAAUUUAGAUGUAAAUUUCUGCCAGUAAGAAAUUUGUUGGUUGUGGUAUGGCCAUAUACAAUAGAAGGAUGUGUUAUCUGACAUUUUGUCGAAAUGCUAAAUUUGGGUUAAUUGUUUUUGAUGGAAGUAAUAUCUUGACAGUCACAUUAUGAUGUUGUUACACUCCAUAGUGCUAUGGUGUUGUAGGGUUGGAAUUAAUUCAUUGUGAUAGUAGAUUUUAGUUUGUCUCAUUGUUUUGUAUCUUUUAAUAUAUCGUAUAAAAUAUUUAUUGUAUGAUUUGAAGAAAUCAAUAGUAGAUUGCAAUGCAGUAUGUGUGGUUUGAAGUGAUUUAUACAAUCAUCCUACUAAAUCUUCAAAUACAGCAAUUGCUAGUAAAAAUGAAGCCUCAUACUUGCCAACUGACCUGGGAAUUUACCAGCUCACAUGAGAUUUGUUAAUGACCUGCCUGGGACAUAAAAAACCCAGGAUUUCAGUAUAUGACCUGUUUUCACCCUUAUUCUAGUUCCAUGAUACAUACGAGGACUAUAUUGCAACUUUUCCUCUGAAAUAUUUUUUGAGUUUGAAGUUUAAACUUUAUUUACAGUUUAAAAUUAAUAUGAAAAAUAUAUGUAAAAUUUAACUGGAAAAGUUUGUAUGCGUUAUGCAUUAUGGCCUGAUAUUUUUUUACCCAAUGCAGGCCAUGCUAUGCAGGUUUUUUCUCUUUCAGAGGUUGACAGGUAUGAAGCAUUUGACUAGAAUUGGUAUAAAUUUCUAUCGAAAUUGUUAUUACUGUAAGAUUUUAAUGUAAAUCUUUGAAAACAUUAUAUCUUUUCAGAUUUCUGUAAUAUGGCUUUUUGUAUGUGCCAUGAAUGAUCAAAAUUAGACUUAGACAAGAGAUAAUAAGACCUGCUUGUCUGUACAAGUUUUAAAAAAGUAUAUGAAAUAAGAAAUUGUGUUUUACUGCUCAGAAUAACACAACAGUUUCUGAUGCAUAAAAGUUUAUUGUUACUGACCUGAUUAAUGAGUAGAUUCGGGAAUUCCUGAAGUACUUUUUACUCCCAUGCAAUAGUAAACAAGAAUAGAAAAGAAAAACUAAAAGCAGUUCAUAUUGAAAAUCUAAGUUAAUAAUUUUAAAAUAGAUUAAAAUUUAAAAAACUGAAAACAUGAAGAGAGUUGUCCAUCCCAAUCAAAAACAAAGCAUUUGGUGCAAUAUAUGAGGCCUUUAUAUUUGUAUUGUUGAUAUAUAAGUGUUUUCAUGGGACCAUAUAUGAAAAUACAAUUUCCCUGUCAUUGUAAAUAUUCAUAUUCUCAUUGCUUUUAGUUUGUAAAUAAUAGUAGCUUUAAAAUUCAGCACAUUGUGUGAUUUGUUUAAUAUCAAGUGUUAUAAAUCAAGUUUGAAAAGUAUUGGAUAGUUUUUUCAGCUAACAGAUUUGAUUUUGUUUGAAAUUUUUGUGGUCGUAUAUUGGUAUGACGUUGGCGUCGUCGUCCUGCGUCGUCCGAAGACACAUUGGUUUUCGCACUCUAACUUUAGUUUAAGUGAAUGGAUCCCUAUGAAAUUUUACCAUAAGGUUCAAUACCACAAAAGGAAGGUUGGGUAUGAUUUUGGGGGUUAUGGUACCAACAGUUAAGGAAUUAGGGGCCAAAAAGGGGCCAAAAAUAAGCAUUUUUGUAACUUCCAGACAAAACUUGUGUGUUAGUUUAUGGAUCUCUCUGACAUUGUACCACAAGGUUCCAUAUCACAAAGGGAAUGCUGGGAUUGAUUUUAGGGGUAAUUGCCUCAAAAUAUUAGGAAUUAGGGGCCAAAAAAGGGGCAAAAAACAAGCAUUUUUCUAGUUUCAUGACAAUAACUUGUGUGUAAGUGUAUGGAUCUUUCUGAAAUUGUACUACAAGGUUCCAUAUCACAAAGGGAAAGCUGGAAUUGAGUUUGGGGGUAAUUGCCCGAAACGUUUAGGAAGAAGGGGCCAAAAAUAAGCAUUUUUCUAGUUUCCAGACAAUAACUUGUGUUCAAGUGUAUGGAUCUCUCUGAAAUUGUACAACAAGGUUCCAUAUCACACAGGGAAUGCUGGGAUUAAUUUUGGGGGUAAUUGCCUCAAAAUUUUAGGAAUUAGGGGCCAAAAAAGGGGCAAAAAACAAGCAUUUUUCUAGUUUCAUGACAAUAACUUGUGUGUAAGUGUUUGGAUAUUUCUGAAAUUGUACUACAAGGUUAAAUAUCACAAAGGGAAAGCUGGAAUUGAGUUUGGGGGUAAUUGCCCAAAACGUUUAGGAAUUGGGGGCCAAAAAGGGGCAAAAAAACACAUUUUUCUAGUUUCCAGACAAUAACUUGUGUUCAAGUGUAUGGAUCUCUCUGAAAUUGUACUGCAAGGUACCAUACCACAAAGGGAAGGCUGGGAUUGAGUUUGGGGGUGAUGAAUCAUAAGGGGGUUCAAAAAAUUGGGGGGGGAUUUUUUUUUUUUUCCUUUUUUUUUUCUUUUAAAAUUUUCCAUUUUAAGUUGGUUAUUUCUGAUUUAUAUUUAAAAGCAAAUAAUAAUGAUAUGGUAGGAGAUACACACCAAACAGGAUGUGUAAAUUAUUAUAUAAUAAGUAUUGUGCAAUAGCAAGAAAUUUUCAAUUGCACAGUAUUGCACAAUAGCAAGAAAUCUUCAAUUGCACAGUAUUGCGCAAUAGCAAGAAAUCUUCAAUUGCACAGUAUUGCGCAAUAGCAAGAAAUAUCCAAUAGCACAAUAUUGCGCAAUAGCAAGAAAUUGUCAAUUGUGCAGUAUUGCGCAAUAGCAAGAAAUAUUCAAUUGCACAGUAUUGUGCAAAAGAAGAUACUUCGUAUAAAUUGCUUAUUUCUUGACCAAUUUCAAUGGGGUUUUAUUCUUGAAUUCUUGGGGUUCUUUAAUAUGCUGAAUCUAACCGUGUAUUAAGUUUUUGGAUUUUGGGCCCCAUUUUUAAAUUGGUCCACAUUGAGGUCCAAAGGGUCCAAAAUUAAACUUUGUUUGAUUUCAUCAAAAAUUGAAUUAUUGGGGUUCUUUGAUAUGCCGAAUCUAACCGUGUAUUUAGAUUCUUAAUUUUUGGUUCCGUUUUCAAAUUGGUCUACAUUAAGGUCCAAAGGGUCCAAAAUUAAACUAAGUUUGAUUUUAACAAAAAUUGAAUUCUUAGGGUUCUUUGAUAUGCUGAAUCUAAACAUGUAUUUAGAUUUUUGAUUAUGGGCCCAGUUUUCAAGUUGGUCCAAAUAGGGGUCCAAAAUUAAACUUUGUUUGAUUUCAACAAAAAUUGAAUAUAUGGGGUUAUUUGAUAUGCUGAAUCUAACCAUGUAUUUAGAUUUUUGAUUUUUGGGCCCCGUUAUCAACUUUGUCCACAUUGAGGUCAAAAGGGUCCAAAAUUAAACUUUGUUUGAUUUCAUCAAAAAUUGAAUUCUUGGGGUUCUUUGAUAUGCUGAAUUUAACCAUGUAUUUAGAUUUUGGAUAUUGGACCAUAAUAGGUGAAUGUCCAAUUUAAAAUUUUUAAGUUCUUAGACCACAUUCAUUCUGUGUCAGAAACCUAUGCUGUAUUUAAUCACAAUCCAAAUUCAGAGCUGUAUCAAACUUGAAUGUUGUGUCCAUACUUGCCCCAACUGUUCAGGGUUCGACACCUCCGGUCGUAUCAAGCUGCGCCCUGCGGAGCAUUUUAUUUAAAGAAGAAAUUACGAUUUAUAGUUUUUUAUGUGCAAGUAAGAGAACAUUUUUCAUCUCGGAUAUAUUGCAAGAAUAAGAAUAAGAAAAAAAAGGAAAUGUAAAUACACAUCUGUAAUUUCAUCGCAGAAAAGUUUUUACUUGAAGUUAAGAGGUAGAAUUGAACAAUGUUCCUGCCAUCCCAGGGAAAUUGAUCAGAUUUUAGAUAAAGCAAUAGGUUUCAACUUUGAUAUCAGAAGAAGCUGAUGACAAAAACAAAUUUCUUUUUGAAAACUUUAUUCUUGUUUCCAUGAAAUUAAACAAGAAAAAUAUUGUAAAGCUUAUGUGUAUUGACUAACUCAUACACUGAAUUGAAAAAAAUUUCAUUUCCUCUGCAAAAAUUCAAUUAUUGUUCAAUUUUAAAAUCUUCAAAGUAAUUUGAUGUUUAGUAAAUAGAAAUGAAUUCUUAGUAGAACAAAUCACCAAGAUCUCACAUAAAACGUUCUUGAUAUUGAAGUUGCACAUUUUGUGUGUGGUUGUAAAUAUAUGUACAUAUAGCUGGUUGCCUUAUAUUUAUGACUAGAUUUUGAUGUAUAUUUAUAGAUAUGUAAUAUUAUGUUAAUGAGAUUUUUAUUAUACCAGUGAUGUUUUGUUUACAAUUCCAUUUGCUAGAUGAAACUAGAUCUCUUCAUUUUAGUUCAAUUAUUUCUCUAUUAGUAAAUUUUCACCAGUGUAGAAUAUUCAAUCUUAUCAGAAUUUAGUUCUUUCUUCAUCAAAUUCCUUUUUUAAAAAAUCAGUUAACUUCGUACAGAACUUGUUUUUGAAUGCUUGGAAUAAAGUUUUUAUGCCCCACCUACGAUAGUAGAGGAGCAUUAUAUUUUUCGGUCUGUGCGUCCGUUCGUUCGUUCGUCAGUCUGUCCCGCUUCAGGUUAAAGUUUUUGAUAAAGGUAGUUUUUGAUGAAUUUGAAGUCCAAUCAACUUGAAACUUAGUACACAUGUUCCCUAUGAUACGAUCUUUCUAAUUUUAAUGCCAAAUUAGAGUUUUGACCCAAAUUUCACGGUCCACUGAACAUAGAAAAUGAUAGUGCGAGUGGGGCAUCCGUGUACUAUGGACACAUUCUUGUUUAAAAAUUAUGAAGGUUUUAAAACUACUUCUGCUUCAUACUAAAUCAUUAAAAUGUUGUUGGCAAGUUUCAUUCUAGCUUUGUAUAAUUAUCUGUUUGUUUUAACAGUUUUUAGCAUUAUCAGUAUUUUAUUAGUUUCAAACAAGAUACAUGUAGAUAACUUAUCCUUUUUGUGUGAUUAUUUUUUUUUUUAUUAUUUUUAAAAAGAGUUUGUUUCUUAAACAUGUACUAAGAUAGCAUAUUUAAGGGAAUUAACAAAAGGAUAUAAAUGUAUAAAAAUUUUCUCUUGAGCUGAUGAACCAAGCCAAUAAGAAGGAAGAAAAAUUCCUGUUAUGAUUGGCCGAUCAAUAUGGCUUCCAUCUGAAACUUUGUUUUAUAUUGAAUACAAUAAAAUGGAAAAAUAUGAGGAAACUUUUAUUGAAUAAUUGCUUUUCUGUCAGAUGUUUGGAUGGAGUGGAGAGUAAAUUAAUUUCAUACUAAAUUCAAAAUGAAAGGGAUAAAAAAAGUUCUGAGCAAUGGUGUUGACUUGGUGUCAUUAAUCAAUACAGAAAAAAAUAUUUAAUUUUAUACAUUAAGUGAAAACCAGAUACUUUUUAAAUGACCCUAUAUAAUUCACAUACAUACAUUUAUUUGGAGACAGUAUCUUUCUAAAACAAACUCUGAAAUGUCCUCAACAGUUAACAUUUC